AAAUGAUGGUGCUAGCGACGCGCUUGGCGACUGGAAGUCGGGGGAGUCGCGAGCGACGUGACUGCACAGUUGGACUUUGGGCUGUCGCAUCAGCACAGGCACAUCCCAUGGAAAUUCGCACUUGACCUUUCUGACAAUACCAAACCUGGAACGAAGGAACCUGGAACGGAGCCUGGAACGAAGGAGCCUGGAACACGCGCGGCUUACUCGUGGAAACCUUGCAUUUGAUUGAUUUCACCUCAUUCAUCUCACUCGUUUUUCUGUUUUUUUGUCAGCGAGAGAAUGCCGAGCCGAAACAACACGCCCGUGGGCAAUAAUAAAAAAAGGCAGCGGUCGCCGAGCGAGCAUAAGAAUGAGAAUGAGCCGGAACAAAAACACCAUGCCAAAAAGCGACGGCUCAAGGGCACGACGCCGGGCAAGUCGUCGCCGGCAUCGCCAGGCCCAAAGGCCGCAGCCCGCCUCAUGUCGUCGGCUGUCAGCGGAGCGCUGAGCCUGGGCCGCCGCAUCAUGUCUGGAGGCAGAACCCCCUCGGUUCCGGCUGUCAAGAGCACCACACCAUCCGCACCCAGCCCUCAGCAAGACUCACCAAAGGCCCUGCCAUGGGCCAAGAGGAGCCACCAGGACCUCAAACCCCCCCGGGCCCCGCUCGCCAGUGACAAGAACAGUAUCUACGACAUCCCAGACUCGGACGACGAGGUCCUUGUUCCGCAUCUGGCCCGGCAAAUUAGCCGUGCUGCCCGAAGCCAGCUGAAGGUGCAGAAGCAGAGGCAGAAGCAGCCCGACAAGCCAGAGCCAGCAGAGCCAGAACUAGAGUCAGAACCAACUUCCGCUACUGCUUCCGUCAUUGAAACUAAGCCCGAAGAGCCCGUGAAAAGGAAACGCGGCCGUCCAAGGAAGAUCCAGGAGCCCGCGGCCCAAGACUCCAACAAAAGCACCACCCCAAGCAUAUUAGCGCCCAAGGCUGCUGCUACCUGGCAGCCAAAGGGGAUAUUGAGUCCCUCCAAGCGGGACACUCCCGGGCGCAGCAAAAACGUCACGUUUAGCGCCACGCGCGGCGGCAGCAGCAGCAAGAAAAAUCAGGCCGGCGACGUGACUUUUCCCGACUUGAAGCCAAAAGCGGAGGCGAAGGCGAAGGCGGCGGCAGCACUAGCCAGAGCCUCCAAGACUGGGUCGCCGAGGAAGAAGCGCGUCGACGCAAAGGCGGAGGACGACUCUGAAGCCGAGGACGAUGAGGACGAUGGUGAUGACGAGGAAGACAACGAAGUGUGCGCCGUCUGCUCCAAGCCCGACUCGGAGUCCGGGAACGAGAUUGUGUUCUGCGACGACUGCGACAUGGCGGUGCACCAAGAGUGCUAUGGGCUGGCGGUCAUCCCCGAUGGCGACUGGAUCUGCCGCAACUGCUCCCAAGAGGAUGCAGGGGCCGAGGCCCGGGGCACGUCGCCCCAGUCUGCUGCGAUAACAGCAGCCCGGGACGACCAGGGCUCGCCCGACAUACCAAACUUUGGCCAGCACCUGAGGGCGGCGCAACGCGUCCUGCUCGACCGCUGCACGGGCAGGCGCCGCAUCAGGCUCCGCGGCAACGACGAGGCAUACGACAAGAUGUUCCAGCUUGUCGAGCAGACCAUUGUAGCCGGCGAGGGCAAUUCCAUGCUCGUCAUUGGCGCUCGCGGGUGCGGCAAGACUACGCUCAUCGAGUCGGUGGUGUCGGAAGCAUCCAAACUGCACCACGACGAAUUCCACGUGGUGCGCCUGAACGGCUUCAUCCACACCGACGACAAGCUGGCGCUACGGGAGAUUUGGCGCCAGCUUGGCAAGGAGAUGGAGGUUGAGGACGAGCUCAUCAGCAAGACCAACAACUACGCGGACACGCUGGCGUCUCUGCUGGCGCUGCUCUCGCAUCCGACCGAGAUCGCCGAGGCGCAGGCGGAGAGCGUGACGUCCAAGUCGGUCGUGUUUGUGAUUGACGAGUUCGACCUGUUCGCGACGCACGCGCGGCAGACGCUGCUCUACAACCUGCUCGACAUUGCGCAGGCCAAGAAGGCGCCCAUCGCCGUGGUGGGCCUGACGACGAGAGUCGACGUGGUCGAGAGUCUGGAGAAGCGGGUCAAGAGCCGGUUCAGCCACCGGUACGCCUACCUCUCGCUGCCCAAGAGCCUGCCGGCGUACUGGGACGUGUGCCGGCAGGGCCUGACGGUCGACGCCGACGGCAUGGCGGCCGAGGGCAUCGACGUGGCGGUCGGGGGCCACGCCGCCUUCUGGAAGUGGUGGAACGAGGAGAUCGAGGCUCUCUACAAGACUCGCGGCUUCACGGACCUCCUCGAGUCGCACUUCUACGGCACCAAGUCUGCGGCGGCGUUCAUGGUCGACUGCAUCUUGCCGCUGUCGGCGCUGUCGGCGGCAACGCCGCGUCUACGGAUACCGCACCCGGGGAGCGGAGGGGCAGGGGCCGACGGAGGAGUGGCUACUCUAGGACCAGCGGACUCGAAGCUGCACCUGGUGGAGGCGCUGUCGGACCUGGACCUGGCGAUGCUGAUCGCGGCGGCGCGGCUCGACAUCGUAGCGCACACGGACACGGUCAACUUCGCCAUGGCGUACGACGAGUACGCGGGGCUGGUGGGGCGGCAGCGGGUGCAGUCGGCCAGCUCGGGGAUGCUGGCGCUGGCGGUGGGCGGCGGGGCGCGGGUGUGGGGGCGCGGGACGGCGGGCAUGGCGUGGGAGCGGCUCGUGGCGCUGGGGCUACUGGUGCCGGCGGCGCCGGGCGGCAGGCUGGCCAGCCACGGCGGCAUCGACGCCAAGAUGUGGAAGGUCGACGUCGCCCUCGAGGAGAUCCCCACCGCCGUCAAGCUUAACGCCGUGCUGGCGCGCUGGUGCAGGGAGAUUUAAUUACCCCUCACAGAGUAACCGGAUCCCGGCCGUCCCGUCUGCGACUUCUGUGCCCAGUGGGUUGGGGUCGGGCGGCGUCGGCGGCGGCGGGCUGGCCCUUUUUUAAACCACGGUCCAUUUUUAGUGGUUGGCGGUUGCAGCCUUGCAGGCAGUGCAGGGCGGAAGUCAGAGAAGCCGGCAUUUAGGCAGGGGUGCAUGGGAGGUAUGUAGCCUGUAAGGUAUCGCUGCACCGCCCCGGCACUCACUCUGGUGUAACGCUGUCGACCACCUUUUUUUACUUUUCACAUACGACAACAUGUUCCACGCGCUCUUUUGCCGCGUGCCGGCCGCCAA